UGUCCGCCGAGGAAAGCAGACAACAAAAGACCCCCACCCUCAAACCGCAGGCGCGAUGAGCUUCCUUUAUCCGUACUCCCUUUUCCCAACCAUCGGGGGCGUCAACGGCAUCGGCUGCAGUAACCCCACGACCGGCUCCUCCACCCAUCAAGGAGGAGGAGGAGGAGGAGGAGUAGUAGACAGGUCCGACGCCACCAGCGGCAGCAGCAGCGGCAGCAGCAGCCGUGGCCACAGCCCUGUCCCCCGCUCGCCGGUCCGCGAGAUGGCCUCGUCCCAGCUGUUGGCUGACCACGCCGCCGCCGCCGCGGGCACCGCCUCCGUGGCCGUGGCCAUCGACAGGGACAAGAACAGCCCGCACGCUGUGAGGUGGGCCAUCGACCACCUCGGGGUCAGCGGGUUGGUUAUGGCCCUGAUCCACGUCAGGCACAAGAAUUCGCAUCACAUCGCUUCCGGCACUGAUGUUGUUGGAGACCCAGUGGACGGAGAUUCGCGAGAUCUGUUCGUCAUGUACCGGGGAUACAGCGCUCGAAAACGGGUUCAAAUAAAGGAAGUGGUCGUUGAGGAGAACGAUGUUGCCAAAGGCCUUUUGGAAUAUAUCGCAAACAACUGCAUCACAAGCGUCGUCAUGGGCGCAGCGAGUCGCAACACUCUCGCCAGAAAGUUGAAGUACACCGAUGUGUCAACCUCCGUUUCGAAAUCCGCGCCCGACUUUUGUAGCGUGUAUGUGAUUUCAAAAGGGAAGGUAGUAUCGGUCCGGCAAGCACGACGGCCUGUGGUAAACACCGCGACUCCCCCUAGACAGCCAAGUUCUCGCGCCAUAUCUCCUAUUUAUUCGCGAGAACAGACCAAGCUCCACGACACAGCCAGGGGAAGAAGAAGAAGUACAGGAUCGGAUAUGCUAAGUAUGGGAAACGAGAGGAGCCGAGCUGCUGUGGUGAAUCUGUCGCUAGACAAUUAUGACUUCCGUGGGCUCAGUCCUCCGCCACAGCGAAAUUCUACGUCCGACGAGAGUGAUAUUUCGGGGUCUCUUUCUUUAGGAUCGAUGGAUUUUGGGGACCAGAAAUUUGAUUUCAGUAUGGUAGAGUCAGAUUCGCCAUCACCUUCCUCCAUCGCUCAAUCUUCUCGAGAUCUAGAGGCCGAAAUGAAAAGACUCAAGCUUGAACUUAAGCAAACCAUGGACAUGUACAGCACUGCUUGCAAAGAGGCCCUCUCCGCCAAAAAGCAGGCUGAAGAACUUCAUCUGCUGAAGAUUCAAGAAGUUCGUAAGUUUGAGGAAGCCAGGCAUGCAGAAGAGGCAGCUCUUGCUCUGGCCGAUAUGGAAAAGGCCAAGUGCAAAGCUGCCAUUGAAGCAGCAGAGAAGGCGCAGAAGCUAGCUGAAAUGGAGGCACAGAGAAGGAGACAAGCCGAGAUAAAAGCCAAGCUAGAGUCAAAAGAAAAGGUUCGAGCACUGAGUGCUUUGCACCAGAAUGAUAGCCGAUACAGGAGAUACACCAUAGAAGAAAUCGAGGAAGCAACUGACAGAUUCUCGAAGACAAAUAAGAUUGGUGAAGGCGGAUAUGGGCCAGUAUACAAGGGAAAGCUCGACCACACGUCUGUAGCAAUCAAGGUGUUACGACCUGAUGCUGUUCAAGGGAAAAGGCAAUUCCAUCAAGAGGUCGAGGUUCUGAGCUGUAUGAGACAUCCAAACAUGGUCCUCCUUUUAGGAGCGUGCACGGAGUACGGAUGCUUGGUGUACGAAUACAUGGACCGUGGCAGUCUCGAAGACCGCCUAUUUCGAAAAGGCAAAACCCCUCCGAUUUCGUGGCAGAAGCGGUUUGAUAUAGCAGCUGAAAUCGCAACAGCUCUUUUGUUUCUCCACCAAUCCAAGCCUGAGCCUCUUGUUCAUAGGGACCUCAAACCAGCCAACAUCCUCUUAGACCGCAACUACAAGAGCAAGAUUAGUGACGUGGGCCUAGCGAGGUUGGUCCCCCCUGCUGUAGCAGACAGUGUCACACAAUUUCACAUGACUGCGGCUGCAGGAACGUUUUGUUAUAUAGAUCCGGAGUAUCAACAGACGGGCAAAUUAACCACCAAAUCAGACGUGUACUCCUUCGGGAUAAUGUUGCUUCAAAUAAUCACAGUUCAACCUGCAAUGGGGCUGUCCCACCAUGUUAGAACUGCCAUCGAGAAGGGAACGUUUGAAGAGAUGCUCGAUCCAGCAGUGCCGGAUUGGCCAGUGGAAGAGGCUUUAGCAUUUGCGAAAUUGGCUCUCAUGUGCGCAGAGCUGCGAAAGAAGGAUAGACCUGAUCUUGGGACGGUUGUAUUGCCAGAGCUUAACCGGCUAAGGGAUUUUGGAAGCAACUUAGAAAGCAGCAGCGGUUAUGGUUACAGCCCUGGACCAAGUUCUACCGUUGUAAGCCGUGGACCUAGUUCUCCCUCUGUAAGCUAUGGAUCAUGUUCUCCCGUUUUGAGUCCUCGUCAGGAUUGGUCAUAUGAGACUUCAAAUGAUGGAAACAACGGAUGAAUGGAUGCAUAUGCGAGCAAGGAUGACACCAACCAAUCUCGAAGAACUCAUAGUUUCAGGACUCAUCGCAUAAAAAGCUACUCGGUAGGCAAAGAUCCUGGUCCUGCUAUUACCCAGCCAGAUUAAACUGUGCAGAUCAAUGUUUGGGGGGCUUGUUGAUAUUAGAGAACAGUGAGGAAUGUGCAUACUUAAGCUUUUUCGACAGAUAAUUACUACCACUUGGAAUCAAUUGGCAACUUUUCUAUUUGCUCUUGGAAUGAAUUUGCCUUCCAAUUGUUCCUUGUGACA